AUGGAUAUCGAAAUAUCGACUCUGCCUUCAAAGACUAGAUGUCCCACUUACGAUAUGGCAGAAGACCAAAAGAAGCUCCAAGAGCUUUCAGACGCCUAUCAAAAGAUCCAAACAGACCUCCAAACAACCGUCUCCGCCCGCCAGCGCCUCGAGUCCCAACAGCAAGAAAACAAAGGCGUUCAAAAGGAAUUCUCCACCCUCCCCUCCACCUCCGCCAUCUACAAGCUCGUCGGCCCCGUCCUGCUGAAACAAGAGCGCAGCGAAGCCGUCAUGGCCGUCGAAGGCCGCCUCGACUUCAUCGAUCGGGAGAUCAAGCGGUUGGAGAAGCAGAUCCAGGAGACGCAGACCGAGAGCGAGAGCAAGAAGAUGGAGGUGUAUCAGUUGCAGACGCAGAUGCAAGGCCAGGAAUAG